UCCUUUCAUACAUUUUUUAUUACUCCUUCUUGAAUUGAAUUCAUCUGCCACUACUUUAAACAAAAGAUAUAUUUGUAUGUAGAUCAUGUUCCUCAAAUAUGUGGUUUUAUCAACACGGAGCAAACAAUGUGUUUCAAGCGUUCAAUACCGUGGGACUUUAAAGCUUGCUGGAGAAAGAAAUUUUUACACUACUGUAUAUUCACACAGAAAUACUCAACUUCCCCGUAAACUACUGUUUGAAUUCUUGGAUCUUUUCACUCAUCAACUAAAUGUAGAAUGCGCACAAAUCCUGAUCAACCAAUGCGGACAAAGGGAUUUCGAAGUUGUGAAAGAUAAAUCACGAGUCAAAUCAAUAGAACAGUGCUGCGUGUAUGGUUUGAAGUGUUAUGAUUUAUUGAUGGGUGUUGAUUUACAGGGAAACAAGGAUGAAUGACGAAGCUCUUGGAAACUAGAUGUUUUCCAUUCAUCGAUUUCUGACUCAAUUAUCGUUUACUAUCAUUUCCGUCCUUUGUGACCGAAAACGUGAAUUUCAUAUCUUAAAAUUUGUAAGAAAAAAGUGUACUUCUUUUAAAUUAGGGUGGGUAUAACCGCAUUUUCAAUGUGUGCUUCACGGAAAAUACGAGGAGCUCUUUCAACCGGCAGCUGCUGGAAUUGGCGACUGUUGCUGAUGAUUGUAGCUUUCCUCUUUGCAACACUUAUAUUAGUUAAUUAUCUCAAUGAUGGAUCUGUCAGUUCUCACCAAAAUAACCUGGAAAACCAACCGUGCCAGAUCGUCCAAAGGAGCAAGACAAACCUGAAGAAACUGGAUUUGAACAGAUUAAUUCCCAACAUGACAGCAAACCAGUAUUUUAUCCCACUCACGCCGGAAGCAAAGAUAAUAAACUCGAAGCUGGAUCUGAGCCCUUUCAGUCCCAAAAAGGAUAAAGCGAAAAAUGCCAUUUACAUGAUGGAAACAUCCGGCAGACAAUUGCUGAGUGCCAAACAGCUUUGCAGUGUGGAGUCUGCAGCAAGGCACCACCCCAGCAAAACAUUAGUGCUAUUAGUUACCGCAAAUGCUAUAGUGUAUCCAACUCUCAUCACAUUGCUCCUGAAUAAACACGAGAACAUCAUCGUGAGAAAAAUAGAUGUCGGAAGGUUCCUCAGCACAUCGCCUUUGAAACAGAUGGAUAUCGAGAACACCUUGAAGAAGAGCAAGUAUGUCACAGAGCAUGCCAGCGACUUGAUGAGGUUUGCACUUUUGCACGAGUAUGGUGGAAUUUUUUUGGACCUUGAUAUGAUAGUACUCAAGAAACUGCCCGAAGUUGCCAACGGUGUGGCCACUGCCAAUAAUGGAACGUUUCUCAACCCUGCUUUCAUCGCAUUUGAAAAGGACCACCCAGUUCUCCUGGACUGCAUGAACCACAUUUCCAAGAGGUUCAGCGUGAGUAGGUUCAACGGAAAUGGCCCGGUCAAAAUCACAGAGGCCAUGAGGCGUUGGUGCAACGUGACCACUUUACAGCCCGGAAUGAACUGUUCCAACGUACUUCUGUACCCCGUUGACAACUUCACACACCUCAGAUGGGGGAUCGCGGAAAACGCAUUUGAUGAAAGUCCUUCCGUCUCUGACCAAUUAGUUGAAACUCUCGAAUCAAGGGCGUAUGUUUUUCAUUAUUACAACGAUAGGACGCGUGUCAUUGAUGCCAAUAUUACUGGGAAUUCUGCUGUUGCUCGACUGGCGAGGAAACAUUGUCCCUUGGUUGCCGGGUUCUCUGGGGAUUGGCUCUGGGGGUUUCACGACCCCGGCAAGGGAUUCCAGUGAUGAUACUUUAUAUUCGUGUCCUCUGCUCAAAUGUGUCGAGGGCUGUUGGAUAUCUACGCGUUUUCGCUUUUGAUAAUGAUCGCCCUGUAAUCAUCACGUGAAAAAGAAAACUGAAAAUGAUUUUCAACAUUGAAUUGGUAUAAAUUAACGACUGAUGGAACUUGAACAUUGAAAAAAGGCUCUUAAUUCAGCUUAUAAAAUUCGCGAAGUAAUUGAGAAAAUUCUUUCGAAGUGUACGUGAACAGGUGUAACAACUUUUGCGAUAUGUCGCCUUUUAAAACUCUGCGAGAAAUAAAUGAGGGCCUCAUCUUACACUAUACUCAAUCAUGUCUCUCAAUAAUAUGCAAUAGAAUGGAGAGAAAAGUGUGAGACAAAUAUUAAUGGAAUUCGGGAACAAUAAAGACCGGUGUUUUUCAUCCAA